AUGUUCCACAAGGCGUUGCUGGUUCUGCCUCUCCUUUCCUUGGCGUCCCCAGCCUUCGCUACACCUCUUGAGACACGGGAAGCAUCACCAGGCCUCAUUGAUGGCUUGCUAACGGGCACACUCGACGCAAUCCGGCAGUCCAUCAAAGAUAUUUUGACUGGUGUCAAGUCUGGUGUGGCGGACGGUGAUAUCUCAAGCAAGCCACUGAUCUGCUUAUCAGCUGUCGAUAAAUGCUGUGUUUGGUGGGAUGUCUCUGCCGAACUCACCAAGCGUUUCAAGGAAACUAAUGGUGAAUGUAACGACGCCGCCCGCGCCGCCAUCCGAUUCGGUUUCCACGACGCCGGCGCCUGGGACAAAGACACCACGACGGGCGGCGCCGACGGCUCCCUGAUGAUGGACUUCGGCGAGAUCGACCGCCCGGAGAACAAUGGCCUUCAAUCCGUUCGCCUCCUCCUCCGCGAAGUCCAGGCUCUUUUCAAAGUCGGCUACGCAGACCUCGCGCAGUACGCUCAUAACCACGCGACCAUCUCCUGCCCCAAGGGCCCGCGCAUCCGCACCUGGGUCGGCCGCAAAGACGCCACAGGCCCUGCGCCAACGGGCAAGCUACCCGACGUACAUGAUAGUCCAGAUAACCUCAUCGCGCUGUUCGAGCGGAAAGGCUUCUCCGCGCACGACCUCGCUGCCCUCGUCGGAGCCCACGCCGCAGCCAAACAGCGCUUUGUCGACACCUCUCAGGCGGGCAAGCCCCUCGACACGACCCCCGGCGUAUGGGACGUCGAGUUCUACAACGACACCCUGCAAGAGCCGCAAAACCCGGAUAUCUUUGUGCUCCCCAGCGACAAGAAGUUGAGCGUGCAUCCGAAGAUCAACGAUGAGUGGUUGAGCUUUGUAGGGGAUCAGCCGCAUUGGAAUGAGGAUUAUGCGAAGGCGUAUAUUAGGAUGAGUUUGUUGGGGGUGACGAGCGCGGAGUUGAAGGGAUUGAAGGAUUGCACGAAGACGUUGCCGAAGAAGACGACUAAGUAA